UCUGUGAUGCAGGUGAUGGCAUCUGAUGCUGAUGACCCCACAUAUGGGAGCAGCGCUCGGGUGGUCUACAGUGUGCUAGAGGGCGAGCAGCACUUCACUGUGGACAGGCAAACAGGUGUGAUCCGGACGGCUGUGGCUGACCUGGACCGUGAGACGCAGGACCGGUAUGAGGUGGUGAUCCGUGCCACAGACAUGGCAGGACAGCUGGGUGGCCUGUCUGGAUCCACCACAGUCACCAUUGUGGUCACCGAUGUCAAUGACAACCCACCACGCUUCCCCCAAAAGAUGUACCAGUUCAGUGUCGUGGAAACCGCCCCCGUGGGCACUGCCAUUGGGAGAGUGAAGGCAGAGGACUCUGACGUCGGGGAGAACACAGACAUGACGUACCAGAUGAAGGACGAGGAAGGAGUGGAGAUGUUCAAAGUCACCACAGAUAGCAAUACCCAAGAGGCUGUCAUCACAGUACAGAAGCCUCUUGACUACGAGUCAAAAAAGGUGCAUACCGUCGUGGUGGAGGCCCUCAACAAGUUUGUGGACCCGCGGUUCGUGGACCUGGGCACCUUCCGCGACCAGACCAUCGUGCGGGUCUCGGUGCUGGAUGUGGAUGAGCCCCCCGAAUUCCGGCCCCCCUCCGACCUGAUGGAGGUCCAGGAGGACGCGCACGUCGGAUCUGUCGUGGGGGUGGUCACUGCCCUCGACCCGGACACAGCGAACCACCCUGUCCGAUACGCCAUUGACCGCAGCACGGACGUGGAGAGGAUCUUUGACAUUGAUGCCAACACAGGUGCCAUUGUGACGGGGAAGGUCCUGGACCGGGAGACGGCCGGGUGGCACAACAUCACUGUCCUGGCGAUGGAAGCAGGUGAGAGCAGGGAAGGUGGCGUGGAGCAGAUGGUCUGAGCUGGACAGCAGGGGGCAAAGGGGGGAACGUGGGUGUGUUCACCGCAGAGGUGACCAAGACACGAGCAUUAAUUAACGCUGAAGCAAGAAAAACGCAGCAGCACUGAGUCUAACAUCUCCCUAGACAACCUAAAAAUACUCUUCCUGAC